AGCAUAAAAAGCGUACGGCUUCGUCUUCCCCUCCUUGCACCCUUUACCCUUUUUCUGCCUUUCCCACCUCCAUCGUCUCUCUGUUUCGGCCUCAUCUGCCAUAUCCCCGCAACUCUAUCUGCGAUCCGUGUCCAUGGAGCCAAAUACUGGUGUGGCCAUGAAUAUUCCAAGCUUCACACCUCUUGUCGAGCAUCUAUUCCUCGAUUAUUCCUUGUAUGAUGUGAUCAACAAAAGGUGGCCAGUGGUCGAGCCCUGGGCAACUAUGUACGUCGAUGCCGUUCACGACCAGAGGUACGGUGACGCCAUAUGGGCACGCUACCAUAUGGAGGGCGGCGUAGAAAAUGGUAUCAUUUAUAGUCCGCCGAACCCGACUAUCACGGUGUUGGAGAGUCUCAAGGAAGAUGCAAUUGGAUACAAGAUUAGUGAUCCAGAUUGGUAUGCAAAGGCUCUGCUAUUCUACGCGAAAACGAACAGCACGGACGGGCACCCGGAAGUGAUAGACAUCAUCUUUCAAGCGGAUAGCGCAGAGCCUACCGAGGUCGUAGAUGAGGAAGAUGAGGAGGAUGAGGAUGAAGAGGAUGAGGAAGACGAUGGUGGAGAAGAUAGAGAUCCUACUUUGAACGACCUGCCAUGGAGCGAUUUGUAAUUUAGAGUCAACUGACCAUGCAGAAUGAGAACUAUAAUCAUUAUUGAGGAAGCAUUGUUGACAGCCUUGCCUGGUCAAUACAACCAAAGAGCUC